AUGGGCGCCGUCGUCUCUUGCAUCCAAUCCGUCUUCCGCACCAUCGGUAACUGCCUCACCUCUGUUAUAUCUGGCAUCGGUGGCAUUCUCCAUGCCAUCAUCGGCGGCAUCGUCUCCUUCUGCAACAUCAUCAUCAGCUUCCUGACCUGUGGCUACUGCGGUCGCCGCGGAGGAGGACGUCGUUCUCGUCACACCACAACGACUAGAAGUCGAGUCUGA